AUGGGAAGAGGGAAAAUUGUGAUCCAAAGGAUCGAUGAUUCGACGAGUAGACAAGUCACUUUCUCCAAACGAAGAAAGGGUCUUAUUAAGAAAGCCAAAGAGCUAGCUAUUCUCUGCGACGCCGAGGUCGGUCUCAUCAUCUUCUCUAGCACCGGCAAGCUCUAUGACUUUUCCAGCUCCAGCUUGAAUUCGGUUAUUGAUAGAUACAACAAGAGCAAGAUCGAGCAACAACAACUAUUGAACCCGACAUCAGAAGUCAAGUUUUGGCAAAGAGAAGCCGCGGUGCUAAGGCAAGAAUUGCAUGCGUUGCAAGAAAAUCAUCGACAAAUUAUGGGGGAACAACUAAAUGGUUUGAAUGUCAACGAGCUAAACAGUCUUGAGAAUCAACUUGAGAUAAGUUUGCGUGGAAUUCGUAUGAAAAAGGAACAAAUGUUGACUCAUGAAAUCCAAGAACUAAGCCAAAAGAGGAACCUCAUUCAUCAGGAAAACCUCGAGUUAUCUAGAAAAGUACAACGGAUUCAUCAAGAAAAUGUGGAGCUCUACAAGAAGGCUUAUACAACAAGCACAAAUGGGUUUACACACCGUGAACUAGCUGUCCCGGACAAUGAAUCACUCACUCAGAUUCGGCUGCAACUAAGCCAACCCGAGCAUUCCGAUUAUGAGACCCCACCAAGAACAAACCAAUAA